UGGGAUUCUCAGAGCUGUACUGAUUGACAGCUGGGACAAACAGAGGGUUGUGCUCUGGGAAUUCAAGCAACAGUUACUGGAGGAUGUGUACAACUCGCUCCUGAGCAGGAAGGCUUUAUCUGAAGUGCAGAAGACCCAGUAUGUUGCUCAUUCUUGUCGUCUUGUCUGGGCUCUUAAGUUGUGCAUUUGGCCAGUGUGAGUCAGGAUGGAGAGAGUAUGAAAACAAAUGCUAUCUAUUCUCCUCGGACCUUAAGUCCUGGCAUGACGCCCUCACUGAAUGUCAGAGUCUGGGCAGCAGCCUCAUGAGCAUCCUGGACAUUCAUGAGAGGACAUGGGUGUGGACUCAGAUUGGUACAGAGAUUUUCUGGAUUGGGCUGAACGACAUUGCUGCUGAGGGUACCUGGGAGUGGUCGGAUGGGAGUGUAUACUACCCCUACCUUGAAUACUGGAGACCAGGCCAGCCUGACAACUGGGGUGACAAUGAGGACUGUGGACAAGUCGUAGGAAGCUCUCAUGCGCAGUGGAACGAUGAAACAUGCACUGUCAGUCGCCGGUACAUCUGCAAGCGACCCAACCCAAACCCGCCCAUAACAUGUGAUGUGGCCAAUGAGUGGCAGCAGUUCGGCUCAAACUGUUACAAGUUGAAAUCGGACACACGAAAGAGCUGGGCAUCGGCGAGGAUCGACUGUGUGAGGGAGGGAGGGGACCUGGUGUCCAUCACGUCUGCCGAGGAGGAACAAUAUGUGACAGGUCGUCUUGAUGCCUCACUCUAUGACCUCUGGAUUGGCUUUUCCACCCUGAGCUGCACAAAACUUUCCUGCCAAGUUCAAGUUGACAGUACACAGUUUCAGUGGUCAGAUGCCUCAUCCUCAUCCUACACCAACUGGGGAACGGGACAGCCUGACCUAACGGAUAAGAUGAAUGGAGUCUGUUCUGCAGUGAUCAAAGACCCAGAUGAACAAUUUGGGAAGUGGAGGUCCCACCUCUGUCGUCACGAGCGCCCUUACAUGUGCAAGCGAGGAAUGGAAACAAUCUGUCCCCCGGGUUGGCUCAGCUUCAGUGGGAGCUGCUAUUGGGUCGUCAGUAACCUCAACCUUCUGACCAGUUGGCACGAGGCUCUCACCAGAUGUUCAGGCAUGAGCGCAAGCCUGGUAACAAUCAAAAGUGAGGAAGAGCAGUUCUUCAUCAAUGCACAACUGCCUGAUCUGCAUCAAGUUGAUGUUCCUGAUGUCUGGAUUGGUAUCUCAGAUAAGAACCAGGAUGGCACUUUCCAGUGGGCGGACAACGAUGCUAUUUCUUACACAAACUGGAACCUUAAUUUUCCCCGAAACACACAAAAUGUCUGGGACUGUGGCCAAAUUUACACAGGAAAUUACAAUGGAAAAUGGGAAACUACCAACUGCUUCAAAAACCAGGGAUACAUUUGUAAAAUGGUUGGCGGCCAAAACGUGGUACCAACUAAACCUCCAGACUCACACUGUGAUGCAGGAUACAUACUAUAUAGAGACAACUGUUAUCACUUUGAGAGUGAGUCACUGAAAAACUGGCAGGAUGCAGAUGCCUAUUGCAUAACCCAAAAUGGACACCUGGCUAGCUUCAGUAGUCAAGAAGAGUUAAGUUUCCUGACUGCUCAUAUGACACACUCAUCGUGGAUUGGUCUGAAUGACAUUGCCGUGGAAGGGCAGUAUGUUUGGUCUGAUGGGACAACAGUGCUACCGGAGCUUCUUUUCUGGGAUGACAAUCAGCCAGACAACUGGCAGGGCAAUGAGGACUGCAUACAGGUUCGAGGAGUGGACCACAUCAACCCCGGACAUCUCAAUGACCUCUUCUGUACCACCAAUGCCCCUUUCAUCUGCAAAAAAGGAAAAGGACAAGGCCCCCCACCCCCUCCAACAUCUGGACCAGGAUGGAAUGAGAAGUGCGGCUCCUGGGUGCCUGAUCCCUUCAAUGACUUCUGCUACAUGUUCAACUCCCUGUCAAUGAGAAAUUGGGCGGACGCUCGGGCUGACUGCAUCAACCAGGGUGGUGAUCUAAUUAGCAUCACUGAGCCCUUUGAGCAGAGCUUUAUUCAAGCUCAAGUCCAACAGAUUCCUACUGGUGUGGCAAUGUGGAUGGGCGGCCAUGACUCUAUUGCAGAGGGAGGCUGGGAGUGGACUGACGCCUCUCCCUUUCGCUACAUCAACUGGGCAGCAGGUCAGCCAGAUAACUACUACGGGGAAGACUGUCUCUCCAUGCUGAUCAACUCAGGCUACUGGAACGAUGAUAAUUGUGCUUAUCAAAGAGGUUAUAUCUGCAAAAGACGAGGAAAUCAACCAGUACCCCCUCCUCCCCAUGACGGAUUCCUCACCUCUUACACCUGUGAGCUAUCUACCACAGCCCUUCACUGUCCCCACAACAGCGUCAUCAACAUCCAGUCGGCCUUCUUCGGACGCAGGAGUGACAAGAUCUGCCCCUAUGAGAAUGGAGCCUCAGGAUCGUGCUCAGUGGAGGGUAUUUUGCCAUUGGUGCGAAAGUUGUGCGACAAUCGCCCUUUCUGCUUUCUGUAUGCUCAUGUUGAUGAGGACACCUGUUCCCACGUCACCAAAUACCUGGAGGUGGUAUACAGCUGUGAACAAAACGUGUGCGUGAGAGGUCUGGGGGUGGAGGACGGCAACGUCACAGACGCACAGCUCUCCGCGUCUUCGUCCCGCAGCGGGAUGGGCCCUCAGAAGGCCCGUCUAAACGGAAACUCUUGCUGGAUGCCAUCUGAACCAAGAAACUCCUGGAUUCAGGUGGACCUGGGAGAGGCUAAGAAGGUCACAGGCAUUACUAUCCAAGGAUGUCCUGGAGCAGAUAAUUGGGUGACAACCUUCAAAAUCCAGAGCAGCAUGGACGGGAUUCAGUGGACUGAUUACAAUGCGGAUGGAGGGACGUUUCCUGGAAGCGCAGACAGAAACACUCCAGAGAUGCAGCUGUUUGGCACCCCUUUCUCUGGGAAGCACAUCCGAGUUUGGCCUCAGCAGGCCCAGGGUCAGGCCGGACUCCGCCUGGACAUCCUGGGGUGCAAGCCCGACUAUGCUGUCUCCUGUAGCGCCGAGCCCUCCUUUAAUGUCUUUAAUGAUCAAAUGAUGGUUCACUGCCCAGCUGGCUGUGCAUCUGGACCAUACACAGUUUAUGGAUCCCAAACUUACAGAGGGGACUCUACCAUCUGCGCAGCUGCUAUCCACGCCGGGGUGGUGCUGAAUGAAAUUGGGGGUGACUGCACGCUGAUGAAGUGGCCAGGGCAGUCCUUCUAUCCAGGCUCAACCAAGAACGGCAUUAUCUCCAGGCAAUACAACGCAAAUUUUCCAACAUCAUACCAGUUUGCAGACGGAGAGAUGAGGUGCUCAGGUCCUGACUGGUAUGAAUUUGGUGACUUCUGCUACAAGGCCUCCAGUGACCUGAAAACGUGGCACAAUGCUCGGAUGGAGUGCAAGAAGCUGGGUGCCGACCUUGUGUGGAUUCUGUCCCUGGCAGAGCAAAGCUGGCUCCAGAGCUACCUCUACAUGGCCACCAGUGAUGUAUGGACUGGGCUGAAUGACAUGGCCUUCCAGGGCUUCUUUAGCUGGGCUGACCACCAUAUGGUCCAUUUUACCUACUGGGCCCCUGGAGAACCCAACAACCAUGCCGGGUUUAGUGAGGACUGUGUGGAGAUGUUACACCAGACUGGCAGGUGGAAUGAUGUGCCAUGCACAGAACUGAACACAUAUAUUUGCAAGAAGCCCAAAGCCCACUAUCCAGCACCAUCGGUUCCUCCAACUGUCUACGGCUGCCCAGAGGGUUGGGAUGCCUAUACCUACGCCUGCUACUGGAUAGAAGAGACACCAAAGACAUGGUCCGAGGCCAAGGCCUUCUGUGAACAGAGAGACAGCAAACUGCUGCACAUCAUGGAUAUAUAUGAACAGUCCCACUUCACUGUGAAGCUGGCAGGCUACACUGGUUUCUGGUGGAUUGGGUUACGGGCCAAAGGGAGUGACUUUGGAGGAGUGGAUUACAUCUGGGAUAACGAAGCGCCGCUCACCUUCACACAUUGGGACCGGAACCAGCCAGACAGUGGAGACGGAUCCUGCGUUGCUAUGACAACAGGUCCCACUGGUGGAUUCUGGGAUGACAAGGCCUGUCAGGAGUCCUUCCCUUUCAUAUGUGAAGGACAGCGGGAUGGUCUUUCUCCCCCCACCCGCGCCCCCACCCCAGAACCGACACAAGAUUGCGACCCGGGCUGGAUAUCUAAACGACAUUUCAGGAACUGCUACAAGAUCUUUAUGGUGGACUACUCUAAGAAGAAGAGCUGGAAUGCGGCAGGAGAGGACUGCAGAUCCAGGGGGGCAGAGCUUGUCAGCAUCCACAACUUUGAGGAGGAAAUCUUCCUGUCCAACUACUCCAAGGGCAGGACCAAAUGGAUUGGUCUGCAGCACAAUGCCAUAGAGGGAGGUUACCAGUGGAGUGACGGUUCAGCUCUCAGCCAUACCAACUGGGGUUUUGGGGAGCCCAACAACCACCAGGGUCGAGAGAACUGUGUGGAGAUGGUGAGCACGGUCAAUGGCUCGUCCUGGUGGAACGACCUCAACUGUGAUGCCCAUCAGGACUGGAUCUGCGAGAUCUCCAAGGGGAAGAAACCCAUCAUCCCCCCGGUGCCUCCUCCACCUUUACCAGCACCUGAAUGUGGCUCCAACCCGGGCUGGCGGAAGUACAAAAAUACCUGUUACUAUUACAAUGACACUGAUGUCGUGGACUUCUACACCGCUAUGCUCAGAUGCUACGCGGAGAAAGCAAGGCUAGUGUCAAUCACUGGCAAGGAGGAGCAGGCAUUUGUCAACAGUAUGGUGGGGACAGGGCAGCUCAGCGCAGGAUGGAUUGGAAUGGUGAUGGCAGGGAUCGCAGGAGGAGAAUAUAUCUGGGUGGACCAUUCCCCAGUGACAUACGUAAACUGGGCAAAAGGGGAGCCAAAUAAUGCCAACGGAGAGGAACAGUGUGUGCAGAUAAGCCAAUAUCCAGGCACUUGGAAUGAUGUGAACUGUGGUAGGGAUACUGCAGGUUAUGUGUGCAAAAAAUACCCUGGAGAUAAUCAUACUCCACCCCCGCCUACACAGCCUUGGCCAGGAAACUGCCCAGAAGGAUGGAAGAUCUUCGGAAAUAAGUGCUACUUAUUCAAAGGAGAUCACCACAAUCAGAACGAAUUUAAAGCUAACUGGACCUUCGCAAAAGACUGGUGCCAAAACAAACUGGAGCCUAAAGCAGACUUGGUUGUCAUUGACAGUCAGUACGAGAAUGAUUUUGUGGCCAGCUACCUUAAGGACCUGGUCAUGCCCGUUUGGAUCGGUCUGUCUGAUAUUCUUCAUGAGGGGAAGUUCGCUUGGAGCGAUGGGAGUCCAGUCAAGUACACCAACUGGGCUGAGAAAGAGCCAAACAACAACGGAGAGAUAGGGGAACACUGUGCAUCCAUGAGUCACAGCAUCCUGGUCACUGGCCGCUGGAACGACGAAAAAUGUCACGAGAACAGAGGCUGGGUCUGUUACGUAAAGAAAUCAAGCAGCAUACCUGCGCCACCGCCCACCAGCAGCCCCUGCCCCUCAGGGUACAUUUCCUGGAAAAAGAACUGCUACAAGCUGGCGGAGGAGCCCAAGACAUGGGAGGCGGCCCAGGAGGCGUGCGAACAGGAGAAAGGCAACCUGGCCAGCAUCGACCAGAGCUACGACCAGGCCUUCGUGGCCGGGGUUGUGCUUCAGGGAAAGUCAGACGCCUGGAUUGGACUCAGGCGACAGGAGAACGGCGACUCGUACACCUGGACGGAUGGCUGGCCCGUGUACUUCACGCACUGGGGGCCUGGCGAGCCCAGCAACCACGCGGGCGAAGGCUGCGUGAGCAUGCACGCCUCGCUCCACCUACACGGCCUGUGGAACGACACGGACUGCCGCUCCGCCAAGCGCUACCUCUGCAAAAUCACCUCAGAGAAACCUCCGCCAACUCCGGCACCUGGAGACGGGAAGUGCCGUCGAGGCUGGUGGCGCUUUGGGCAACACUGCUACUUCGUCUACAAUGACAAGAAUGGCUACUCCUGGCCAGAGUCCAGAUACAAGUGCCAGCAGCUGCACGGAGACCUGGUGUCUCUCCAUAGCCAAGCUGAGGUGGACUUCCUCAGGAACAUCAACUACACCAAGUACCACAACGUCUGGAUUGGACUCACCAGGGACCGAUCCUUUGGCUGGGGGUGGACUGACAUGACGAGCCUUGGUUAUGUGAACUGGGCUCCGGGGGAACCGAACGAGGCCUUCCACCCGGGCGACGCAGGAAGCGAGAACUGCGUGGAGAUGUAUCCGGACGGGAAAUGGAACGACAACAACUGCCUGCAGAAGAGAGGCUUCGCCUGCCGUCACCGCCAAUACUAUAACACUGAUGAAAAUGGUAAUCCAGUUAUCCCUACAGAUGCACCAAGACAUAACGGUGGAGCAAUUGCUGGAGGCAUCAUUGGGGCUGUGGUUAUUUGUGCUUUGCUGUUGGGACUGAGUUACUACAUAAUCAAAAUUUGGAGACCAGCCAGGUUUCUGAAGAACACUGAUGUGGCUAAUUUCUCCAACGCCAACUACGGAGAAAAUAUGCAAUCUUAAGACCUGGGAUUCCAGGACCGUUGCUUCUGUUAAUCUAACCAUUAAAUGCACCGCUGGUGAAAAAUUUCUAUAGCUAAUUUCUUGUAAGAUGAAUGUCUUUUAAAGUUCUUGGUGUCUCAGAGAAUGUCAUGAAUAAACAUGAACCAAAUUUCAUUACUCAGUAUCUCAGAAAUGCAUUUAUUAAUAUUGUAAUUUAUUCUGAGAUAAAUUCUGACACAGGUACCAAUAAAUUUAGA